UCUAAGCAGUGAGUGUGUUUUUUUCUCUUUUCCAAUAGGCAUAGUUUGUGCAUGUAGCACUAGACUGAAGGCUACUGAACCUCCACUGGAUACCUCUCACAACAGCACCAUGAUUUGCUGGAUCGUUGCUCUGGUGCUCCCCCUGGUGGUCAACUCUCUCACUGUUGAGACAGAGUUUCCAGCCAACUGUGAGGACGUCUUCAACAGCGGCCACACCAUCAGCGGUGUCUACACCAUCUACCCCACUGGACCCAGCGCACCUGUGCAGGUGUACUGUGACAUGGGCUGUGAUGGGAAACAUGACGAGGGCAGGUGGACGGUGUUCCAGAGGAGAAUGGACGGCACUGUGAACUUCUACCGGCCCUGGAAUGUGUACAAGAAGGGCUUUGGGGACAAGAAUGGAGAGUACUGGCUGGGACUGGAGUGGCUUCACCAGCUGACCAGUAAGAAGAGUUACGAGCUGAGGGUGGACAUGGAGGACUUUGAGGGGGGGCAGGUCCACGCCCAGUACUCCUCCUUCUCUGUGGCCUCUGAGGCUGAUGGUUACCAGCUGCAGGUGUCUGGAUACAAAGACGGGGGAGCAGGGGACGCCCUCGUUCAUCACAAUGGAAAAAAGUUCUCCACCUUUGACAAGGAUCAGGAUUGGUCUUCCUCUGAGAACUGCGCUCUGUUGUACUUCGGGGCCUUCUGGUACAACAACUGCCACCACACCAACCCCAACGGGCUCUACAUGUGGGGCGCCCACAGUCGCUAUGGCUACGGGGUCAUCUGGAACCAGUGGAAAGGGUUUCAUUACUCCCUGAAAUCCAUCACCAUGAAGAUCAGACCAGUGUCUUAGUGAUGAUGAUGAUGAUGACGAUGAUGAUGAUGAUGUGUAUGGUAAUGUGGUUUUCUUGUAGUUUGAGAAGAAUAAGACGCAUGUCUAUCUAUGUUUGUGUGUGUGUGUGUGUGUGUGUGUGUGUGUGUGUGUGUGUGUGUGUGUGUGUGUGUGUGUGUGUGUGCGUGCUCUAAGAUCAGGACCGAGGACACACACUAUACAAGUUCUCAUAGCACAUUACCCCAUGUAAUACAUGUGAUCUCUUUGUCUGGGAUUUAGAUCUUUGUAAAACGCUGCCCCAUUUUCUAGCCCAACUCUGUUCUCUGUUUAGUGUCCAAUAAAUGUACUUCUUCAUGAA